AUGAAGGUCUCCGCUGCAGCCCUCCUGUGCCUGCUGCUCACAGCUGCCGCCCUCAGCACUCAGGUGCUUGCCCAGCCAGCUUCUGUGCCAACCGUGUGCUGCUUUGAUCUAACUAAAAAGAAGAUCGCCUUUCAGCGACUGCAGAGCUACAAAAGAAUCACUGGCAGCAAGUGUCCUCGGCAAGCAAUUAUAUUCAAAACCAAACGGGGCAGGGAGAUCUGUGCUGACCCCAGUCUUAAAUGGGUCCUGGAUUCCAUGAAGCUCCUGGACAUGAAAGCUCAAAAUCUGAAGCCUUGACCGCUCACCUGCACUGAAGUCAAGUCCGGACCUGACAAUUAAUUUCGGAUCUCCCUGGUGGCGGCGCUGGGGUUUAGUCUCAGAACUAUCAUGUUAGAGCAGCUGACCUCUCCUAUCUCGCCCACU